GAUUGUUAUUCAUUUUGAAUUUUAUGUUUAAGGAAAAUUAAUUCUAAUUGUUGUUAAUUGUUUUACUUUGUUUUGUUUAUCUAAUGAAGGAUUUAGUGAUUUCAAUUUCUUCGUCGUCGAUUGAAUUGAUUCUGUUAUCAGUAACACGUUCAGUGUUUGAGUUUUCCUUCAAGUGAUUUUAUCAAUUUGAUUUUAUCCUUUGAUUAACCUUCACUUUGAUUAUUUUGGUUAAUUGUUAUUCUGUUGCUGUUUUUUAGAUUUUUGCUAAUUGCUGGCAAUUAGAUCUUAUUCUAAUGGUCAAUUUGAUCGUUUCUGGCUAUCGGUUUUAACUACGCAUGGUGUUAAUUAUCAGCUGAUGUUCAUUUGUUGUCAUUUUAUUUUCUACUCUUGUUUGUAUUGAGUAUAAAUUUUAAUUCCCCUUUUUUUUGAAUUGUUUUUCUUGUCCUUGUGUUUUAAUUAUGUUAUUAGUCAAUUCCAGGACUGGUUGUUUUGCCAAAUGUACUAUUCUGCAACAAAAGAUCACUCCAAUAGCUUCAGAGUAUUUACAAAUCAUCCGAAAGGAAUCAACAUCUAGUCAAUCAUCAUCAUCAACUCAUUCUCGUUUGGAAAAGCUUAGAGAACAAUUAAAAGCUGAAAAUUUAUCAAUUUCUAAUUCAACUGUUAAUGUGAAUCCUACCAAAAGAAAUCAUGUUCGACUUCCAUCAUGGUUAAAGCAAAAAAUUCCAAUUGGAAGUAAUUACAAUCGUUUGAAAGACAAUUUGAGAUCGUUAAACUUACACACCGUUUGUGAAGAAGCCAAAUGUCCAAAUAUUGGUGAAUGUUGGAAUGGCGGAGAAAACAAUACACCAACUGCAACAAUUAUGCUUCUCGGCGAUACUUGUACCCGUGGAUGUCGAUUCUGUUCAGUAAAAACCUCCCGAAAACCUCCUCCACCUGAUCCAAAUGAACCUUAUAAUACAGCAAAGGCGAUUUCCCAAUGGUCUCUAGGUUAUGUUGUCCUUACCUCGGUUGAUCGAGAUGAUUUACCGGACGGAGGAUCUAAACAUUUUGCUGAAACUGUUAAAUUAACCAAGCAAAUGAUGCCCUCACUGUACAUUGAAUGUUUAACCCCUGAUUUCCGAGGUGAUUUAGAUGCAGUUGAAAGAGUUGCCCUGUCAGGACUUGAUGUUUAUGCUCAUAAUUUGGAGACAGUAAGAGAAUUACAAAAAUCGGUUCGUGAUCACCGAGCUAAUUAUGACCAAUCAAUGACGGUACUUAAGCACGCAAAACAGGUUCGUCGUGAAUCUGAACCUGUGAUAACAAAAACAUCGUUAAUGUUGGGACUUGGAGAGACGGACGAUGAAGUUAAAUCAGUUCUAGACGAUUUAAGGACUAACGAAGUGGAUGUGGUAACUUUUGGACAAUACAUGCAACCAACAAAGAGACACCUAAAAGUGGUCACCCAUGUAGAACCUGAGAAAUUUCAAUUCUGGGAAGAUUAUUCAAAGAAAUUAGGAUUUCUCUAUGUAGCCAGUGGCCCAUUAGUCCGAUCAUCAUACAAGGCUGGUGAAUUUUUCAUCAAAAACAUCCUUGAUAAACAAAGAAACAACCACAAAGGCCAAUAACAAUCAACAAAGAAAUCAAAACAACUAUUUUCCUUAAAAAUCAUCACCUAAUAAUUAUAUCAUGAUAACAAACAGCAAACCAUUACUAGGAAAUUCACUAUACGAUUAAUUUACAGUACUAGUUAAUCUAAUUAACUUUCUCUUGUCUACCAUUAACCUUGUCCUCUUCAUCAUCUCUAUUAGACAACUUAAUCAGUGACAAUGAUUGAAAAUAUCACCCCAAUUGUGUGUGUGUUUAAAUUUUUCACCCCAUAAAUUAGUUAACUAUCAUUUGCUGUUUGUUUAUUGAUGCUAAUUAAUACAAAGUGAUAUUUAACAAACCCUAAAUGAUUAAUUGUAAUGUAAUACAUGUUGUUAUUUUCAUUGUAUUGUUGCAAAUAAGAGAUUUAUAACAACAAGAAAAGGAAACGUCCAUUGUGAUAAUUGAAUUUCCUGAAUUACAUUUACACCCAGCGAUUAUAUUACAAUACAAAAGACAAGGAAUCAAGAAGGAGACAAAUCAAAGAUAUUAACCAACUAAUCAAAGACUCUCUCUCUCUCUAUCUCCUGUUGAUCAACUAAUUCAUUUAAAAAGAUGAACUCUCCCAAAAUGGAUAAAAGAUGAAAGAUAAAUCAAAACAAAUUGAACAAAUGAUUAAGCCUUAAUUGUCCAUCGAAAUCAAUUGGUGUUAAAUCGUAUUUCAAGUACAACAAUAAUCACCCAUUAUCCUGUAAAUUAAAUUCAAGAAGCUGAUUAGUUUUGGAUCUAAAUUGAUGAUUUAUCAUCAAUACACACUCACUAAUCGUAUCAUCAUCAACAUAAUCAUCAAAUUACACGAAUCAAGUCAAGGAGUUAAGAAAGGAACCCAAAAAGAAACUAAUGUAAAGAAUAUGUUGACGGAGAGAGAAAUAAGAAGAAGAAAAAAGAGAUUCAAGAAUUUCAUCCAUGGAUAAAGUGAAUUAUCUCUCGGAAGAUAAUGAUUAUAAUUUCAACAUUUUCUCAUCAUCAAUGGAAGAGGAAAAGAGGGAGAAAAUUACAAGAAGAUUACACGAAUACAAAGAUAUAUAUGAUUCCAUUAAUCUAUGGAAGGAAAAGAAAUACUCAAAUGGUUAAAUAUUGCUCUUGAAUUUAUCAUCAUUUUUUUUCCUAUGGAAUAAAAAAUAUACACAAUAUUAUGUAUCCAUAGGAAUGAGAGGAAAGUAUUACAAGUAAUCAAAUUUAACAGGCCUUAUACUCUAUCAAACCAUAGGAAAAAUAAGGAAAAUUAAUCCAAAUAAAUUGACACCAACACACCAUUAACAUGGGGAAUCUCAUCAUCCACCUUCACAUUGUAAUCUUAAGCUUCCACCUUGAUGCUCAUCAUUGUGACUAUCAAAGUAGCAAUAGUUUACAUCUAAAUGAUGUUACGAUCUAUUGAAAGUAAUUCUUUUA